UCUUGGAAGAUUUGACCCUUCCGGUUUGUACUUUUUCUUCAUUUCUGAAGGUGCCUCCGUUGUCGAGUGGUUAGUGCAUUGCGCUCAAAAUCACACAGCUUCUCACCCCUGGUCGGCACGAGUUCGAAUCCCACUCCCGCUGAUAGACAACAUUCUGUAUUGCCGAUGAUGAGGCGGAUACAAAUUCGUAAACUUUUCUUGAUGUUAACGUUCCUCCUUGUCCUUACCUGUUUCAUGAUUCACCAUAGAGUAUUCUAUGCACCUUCAUUACUGAUGACACCGAAAGAGGAGAGUGAUAUGAUGUAUAUGUAUGUAAAAUAUUCGGCAAAUUUCCCCAAUAAACGAUUGGAUAUAGCAUCUGAGAACCAUCCACGUUCCCAUCUAAAGCGUUUUGUGCAUGAGGUAGAUUGCCAACAAAUAAUUGACGGUGAGGAAGAGUACAUAUCAGUUGCUAAUACAACGAUGUCUGAACGGAAUUACACGUUUCCAACAGACACAGAGAUGGGAGAUCUUGCACAGAAUUGUGAGAAGUUCUUAGAGGUGUACAAUUAUGAAUAUUUCUUCGUAUCGCCUGAAGAACUUGGUUUUCCCAUCGCCUAUACAAUAUUAACUUAUAAAGAUGCUGUUCAGACAGAGAAACUGCUUCGUGUUAUUUAUCGCCCACACAAUUUCUACUGCAUACACGUAGAUCAAAGUUCAGAUAAUACUUUACUUUACGCUAUGAAAUCCAUCGCUAAAUGUCUCCCUAAUGUAUUCAUUGCUUCAAAAUUAGAGGAUGUGAUAUACGCAGGAUUUUCUCGACUUCAGGCAGAUUUGAACUGUAUGUCCGAUUUAUUGAACAACACUGAUGUUAAAUGGCGAUAUGUAAUAAAUUUACCUUCCCAGGCAUUCCCUUUGAAAACAAAUUCAGAAAUCAUUAAAAUUCUUACAAUAUAUAACGGAACAAAUAGCAUAGAAAGUGUUUACGAUCAUAAUGCAAUAUAUCGAUUCAAUAAGACAUAUGUUGUCAAAAAUGGGAAAUUAAAAUCUACAGAAAAAAAGAAGGAUCCGCCGCCAUAUAAUAUCACUGUAGGAAAGGGAAGUGCUUACGGUGUGUUCAGUAGGGACUUCGUGAAUUAUUCUAUAAAUGACCACAAAGCCCAAGGCAUUUUGAAAUGGUUAGAAGAUACAUACAGUCCUGAUGAGACCUUCUGGGCCACGCUAGUAUUUAACAAGCAUCUUAAUGUGCAGGGUGUUAACUACAGAGGUGUUCCAAACAGGAAAUUGUGGAUACCCGUCAGUACGACAUGGCAGGGGCCUGGUGAAGUCUGCCAUGGAAAGUAUGUCCAUGACAUUUGCGUUUUUGGUCUGGGUGAUUUAAAUAAAUUGGUGUCGGAGAAGGAACUUUUUGUCAACAAGUUUUACCACGACUACCAGCCUCUUGCAUUGCAAUGCAUGGAAGAGUGGAUGUAUAACAAAACGAUCAAUACUAUACCUCUACAAACAUAUUAUUAUAGAAAUUUGAUAAAAUCAGUGCUGCAUUAGAAGUCUAUAAUAUAUUUUCCUCGUGGUUUAUCACCAACUAUACAGUUUUUGUGUAAUUUUGAUGUUUUACUUACCCGAGUAGUACACUAUUCAACGAAACCGUUAUUUAUAACUAAAUUACAAGGCCUAAUGGAAAGUGAUUAGAAAUGCAAUUGUUGAUUGAACGAUCAAAAUAUGAUAAUGAACCAUAUCCCAAUGAUGGAAAAAUCAAGUAGAUUUUCGCCAUGUGAACAUGAUAUUUCAUUUAUUUCUAGUUUUUGAGGUCCCAGCCAAUCAGAAAGCUCGGUAACACUUGAUUAUGUGGUAUAGCGUUCUCCCAGAAAAAGCGCAUAUCUUUAUGAUGCGGAUUUUGAAAUCAACGCUUGAAAUGAUUACCCGACGAGUUUAUAACAUAUAGUUAGUGACUCUGAGCUUAAGUAUUGAGGAUUUAACUGUCCCUUAGUGACCAUAAAAACUUGGAUUUUAUUUCGAAAAAUCAAACAUGAAGAAUUCAAUAAUGAUUUGAUAUAAUUUCUAUACCCAAAUGAAAGAUUGCCAAGUUGCAUUAAGAUCUUAUGUGCUCGAUUUCAAAAUGUUCUUUAAAAAUUGUAAAACUGUACAUCGAUCAUUAGACAUUCAUUUACUUGUAUUUUCAUCGGAAGUACCAAACUUUUGGAAAAUUUGACUUGUAAAUCUUCAAACGUUGAGUGUAACUUCCGUGCCUUAAUUAAUGUUGGGGAAACUAAAGGUUCAUUUGAUAAAAGGCGGUCGGGACACAUAUUUCAAAUAAAUAAUUGUGGAAACCAACUUAUCCAUAAACAUUUUAAUUCCCCAGGCCAUUCCCUCUUGUCGAUAAUGGUCAGGAUUCUGGAAAUAAUUACCAUGAUGCAAACAAUCGAACUUUAAAUACCCGUUUUUGUAGACAAUGAGAAGAACACUGGUCUUAGGCACUGCAUUUCCGUAUGAUAUAUAAUGCAUUCGAUGUUGGAAAUUUGACUAAUUCACAAGGAAAUAACGAGAAUGUGUUGGGAUUUUUUCGAAAUACAAAAAGACGAAAACGCAGACAUGAACAUUGUUCAUAUAAAAGAGAAGUAUUCACCUUGCAUACAGACGUUCUCUCACUUGUUUCACUGUUGCCUUGCAUAAAAAACAAUAAGGUCCUCAUCACAUUCGUACAAAACUUUACUCUGUUACAUUGAUAGUUUUGUAUACGUUUUUGGAAGUCAACAGAGCUAGUCCAUCUUGCAUUUUUGAACAUCUGAAUAAAGACCGAAUUCUAUGAUUAUGGAUCUUGUCCAUCGCAGGUUCUUUAAACCACCGCAGUUUGUGGGUGACGGUAUACCCAGGGGUCCUUGUUUGCCCAACUCUUUAUUUUGUAUUCGUUAUUGGAGUUACGAAAUUGAUCACGGUUCGUUAUUUUCAGCUUUUAUUCCUUUCAAAUCAUGCCGCCAGUUCCUUUAACUAAAUUUACUAGGGAAUAGAUACCGUCAACAUAAGAAACUUUCUUCGUCAUGUAAAAUGCAGUCUUCUAUUCAAACAUAUUUCAAGUUCAAGUCUACACCUUUUGUUUUAAUAUGUCUAAUGCGAAAUUUUGAUAUUCCUCUUAUGCUUUAUACCCAUUCUGACAAUGUAUCAAGUUCUUCUCUUUCAUAUUUAGUCCAUCGUCUGAUAUAAUCUUCGACACAAUUCAAAACAGAGAUGAAAGUCUGUCGCCAAUUGAAAUACCAAGGAUAUCUGCAUUUGGGAUCUUUUAAUAUAAAUGAUUUGAAGUCAUUUUCACCUAUAUCAACAUCCCCAGUAAUGAUAUGACCAGCUGGCCUAUAGUUGAUAGAAGAUGAAGAACAAGAACACGUUGAUGGAUUAUGUAUAAGAUGGUAUAUAUCUAGGAACUGUAAAGUUUCUUUAUUAUUAAAAAGUUUGGAUGCAAUAGUAGAAGUAUAGCUGUAGGAAAUACAGGGUAUAGACUUGAACUUGAAAUAAGUUGUAAUACACGACUGAACCCUUUUAUGGCGAAGAAUGUUGCACAUGGUGGCGGCAUCUAUUCCUCUGUUUCUAAAUUGGAGCUUAAGGAACUGGCGGCAUGAUUUGGAAGGAAUAUUAUCCAAGACCCGUGCUGGUUUAAAAAGCAUGUGAUAGGCAACAUCCAUAAUGAAGGGUUAAGAUAACGAACAGUGAUCAAUAUGACAACUCCUAUAAGCAAUACAAAAUAGAAAGUUGGGCAAAUACGGACCCCUGGACCCACCAUAGGUGGGAUCAGGUCCCAAUGAGGAGUAAGCAUCCCCUGUCGAAUGGCCAUACCCGUCGUGAGCUCUAUAUUCUCAUAAGGUAAACGGCGUUAUCCGUAGUCAAAAUCAGUGUACCAGGAAUGGCCUAACAUUCGAUAUUAAACACGUCAGACAACAUUUGAUCAAAUGAUAGGUUGUAUUAACAAACUAGAUCGGUAUAACCACCACAUAAUAUGCGAAAUGCUGAUUUCAAUCAAGACUCUUGAAACCCGUGUACCAUCAACUUGUUUAUCAGUAAGUUGCCUUGAUUUAAAAACUGACUAUACACAGAACAAGAUCUUGUGUAUCGAAUCAGUUGAGAGAUAUAAACACUAUAUGCAGGUGAUAAUGGAAUAUUGCUGCAUAAAUGUGGGAAGUUGACGAUGGAGAAGCUGAAAUCAUCCCGUUUGUCAUAUAGUUGAGUUGUCAAUUUGUCGUUAAUGUCCUAAUUUCAUAAUCAUGGAGUUCAGUCUAUAUUUAGGUGUUGAAAAAUCGAAGUAUAGACUAGCUGUAGCUUCUUCAAAUAAUGUAUGUAAAACUCUCAAUGGGGUAGAGUAAAAUUUUGUAUGAGUAUGAUGUGGACCUAUUUGUCUGUUGACGUAAGGCAAAAGUGAAUCAAACGUGUCAUCAUUUAUACUUGGUCUUUUAUAUGAACGAUGUCCAUGACUGCGUUUCCGUCUUUGAGUAUUUAUGAAAGAGUCCCAUCACAUUCACGUUAUUUCCUUAUGGACUAGUCAAAUUUUCCAUACCAUGUACAUUAUCAUUGCAUCCAUAUGGAAAUGCAGUGCCUAGGGUCCCGAUAAAGUGAUCUUCUCGUUGUCUACGAAAAGAGGUGCUUAAUGUUGGAUUGUUUGUUUGAUGAUAAUUUCCCUCCAAAAAAUCCUUACCCUCAUGGACAAGAUGGAGUGGUCUGGUGCAUCAAAAUGUUUGUAAAGAAGUUGAAUACCAACAUUAUCUAUUUGAAAAUUGUGCCCCCGUAUACUUGUAAGUGAACCCUUGGUUUCUCCCACAUACAUUAAGCCACACAGGUUACACUCAAUGGCGUAGACAAUGUUCGAAGAUUUACAAGUCAAAUUAUCAAAAGUUUCUGUAUAAUAAAUAAUAAUCUAUAGCAUGAAUAUUCGGGAGAUAUGAAGAUGUAUUCAUUCCAAAAAAUCCACAUUACCCUCUGGCAUUGCCCUCGAUGAAUAUGAUUUUUCUUGGGUGAAUACUUAUUAAUAUCUCCUUCAUUAUUAUGCAUUGAAUGUAUAAUAUCAUACACAUGUUUCUUUUGUCAGUUACGACUUUUUCAUUUAAAUUUGUUUUGUUACAUGGAGGUAUAACAUGAAAAAGGACGAAAAACUGCAUCAUUGCGCGUAGUGCAUGAUGCCAACGUUUCCCAUCUUUUUUUGUGGUAUACCUCCAACAAAAAAUGAUAAAUUCAUUCCUUAUCAUCUAAAAAGUUUUAAAACAUUGAGUUUGAAUAAUAAAACAUGAUAUAAUUCA